AUGCCGCCUGUGGGUGUCGAUGAGCAUCAGGUGGACCAUGGGGACCGGCCUAUCAAGCGAUUUCGUGGCGAGACGGCUGUGGUAGCUGUCACGGCUCCAAAAUCCAAAACACCAUUGGAAGCCAAGCCUCAGACGGGUCUUUUAGGCUUGCUGCCAGAAGAUGUGGUGUCACACUGUCUGUCGUUCUUGAAUACUGUAGAGGACAGAUUUGCCUUGCAGACGACCUGUAAGCAAUUCCAACGAAUAUCCAAUAGCGACAAGAUGUUGGUCAACAUACAGAUCAGUGGAAACCGAGACACUGGAAAGGGCGGUAUCAUCCAGGAUGAUGACACUCCUGAGACAGCUGCGGUUGUUUUAGCUCCAUUCUCGAGGGCCGGCAACCUCGAGGCCAUUUACAUGCUGGGGAUGAUAAAGAGCUACUGUCAUCAGGAUGUCGAAACAGGCAUUCGCCUGCUAAAAGCUGCUUCUGUUGAGGGCUACGUGCGCUCCUCAUACGCCUUGGGCCUGGUGCUGCGGGACUCUCAACCAGAAGAAGCGACCAAAUACAUGCAGCUCGCGGCCGGAGAAGGCUAUCUUCCGGCCUUACAAGAGCUUCUUCCCGCAAGGGAGAUGAAAGCAAAAUACGGGGAGCCAAAUGCAGACGCACUUCGGCGCCACCUAGACCCUUGUUGUCUAAAUCAUCUCCUGGGGCGACACUAUGUACGCUCAGCAGAAUUACGAGAAUUGAGCACGAGCCAUUGCUGGAACCCCCUUUGCGGAAGAUGGGCCUUUAAGGCGUCGGUCAACACGAAUGUUGCAGCGGCACGCAUUCGCAGACCCUGGGGUUUAACGUUUUAUCGGAAUGGGAACGGAGAAGCACAGCCUUUUGGAACAGGGACUGAUGCGACGAGGAACGACAACGCAGCAGGAGGUCAGCAAAUUGAAGCCUUGCUCAAUCCGAAUCAAAAUAACAUUAGGAACGACAACCACGGAGAAGCACAGGAGCAUGAUCCAGAACACGGAGAGAUUCCUCCUGACGAGAACGGAAACGAUAAUAAUGACGAGAAUGAGUCGAUGGAGGUGGAGGCAGCACCGCCACAGCCACCACCUCCUCCGGCACCAGCUCCACCCGGAAACAAUGAUGGAAACGAUAACGUUGAAAUAGGCGGAGGGGUAGGCGAUGACAACAGCACAGCUAAUGCUGGUCCACGCGCAGGACCAGCAGAUGCGGAUACCAGAGUAGAUUCUUCUGGCACGUCGGACGAGUCUUCACAAUCACAGCCUGGAAAUCAGAAUCAGAACGGCGACACUGCAGAUGGUGCAGCAUCGACCGACGUUCGCGUCUCACGCAUGAAAAUGUGUAGUCGAUGCUGCAGAGCCAAGUAUUGCAGCAAACUCUGUCAAGUGUACGACUGGAGGUCCGGUCGGCACAAGAUGGAGUGCCAAUUCCUUUGA